GCAUAGCACACCUGAAGGGAGGGGUCUUUUCUCACCUGCUCACCUGGAAAGCGGCUCUGUCCCACUCCGCACUGGACGAGUGAACAAGAGUGAGUAAUAUAUCGGACAUUUCCUUUUGGAGAGCCCAUGGACACUGCCCCUGAGUAUGCACAAAACACUUGGGAGCUGUUGGUCCAAGUGGACCAGCGGGAAGGGGACGAUACAAUGCGAUUUAAAACUCGUGUCAAAGGAGACCUUCACAUUGGAGGACUUAUGCUCAAACUUGUGGAGAAGAUCAAGGCGCCGCAGGACUGGUCAGAUCAUGCUCUGUGGUGGGAAAAGAGGAACUGCUGGCUACUAAAAACCCACUGGACCCUGGAUAAAUAUGGUGUGCAGGCAGAUGCUGAACUCCGUUUCACCCCCCAACACAAAGCUUUAUGUCUGCAGCUACCCAAUAUGAAGACAGUGAAACUGACAGUCAGUUUCUCAUCAGUGGUCUUCAAAGCUGUAGCAGAAAUCUGCAGAUCACUCAAUAUAAGAAGAUCUGAGGAGUUGUCCCUUCUGAAACCAUCUGACGAUCCAAAAAAGAAAAAGAAAAAAGACAAAGCUAAGGAUAUAGAUGAUGAUGACAUCAUAGACCUGGAUGUUAUUGGUGGGACAGUUGGAACUGGCCACUACAGUAAGACCAUGACUGCAACUUAUGACCCUGAUAGUGGGACCCCAUUGACUUCUACAAACAUGUGGUUUGGAGAAAACCCUUUCAGUACAAGCCAGCCUAAUGUGCCUCCAGAUGAGCUGGCCAGGAUGUAUCAGCCUCUCAGUGUGGAGGACAAAGCUGCCAUCAAUUCAGGGUGGCUGGAUUCCUCGAGUUCUCUAAUGGAGCAGGGCAUCCAAGACAAAGACAGACUCUUACUGCGCUUCAAGUAUCACUGUUUCUUUGACCUUAAUCCAAAGUAUGACGCAGUAAGGAUUACGCAGCUGUAUGAACAGGCACGCUGGGCCAUUCUACUAGAGGAGAUCGAGUGCACUGAGGAGGAGAUGCUGAUGUUUGCCUCUCUGCAGUAUCACAUAUGCAAACUGACCAUGUCAGCCAAACCUUUGGUCCUUUCUGACGAGCCUGAGAUCGAUGAAGUGGAGGCAGCCCUCUCUCACUUAGAGACAUCUCUUGAAGGCCGGAGCACAGACAAGAUUCUGGAAGACAUCACAGAUAUUCCCAAGUUGGAAGACACUCUGAAACUAUUUAGGCCCAAACGACUACUACGGACUUUCAAAGAUUACUGGUUUGUGUUCAGAGACACCAGCAUUUCCUAUUACAAAAACAAAGAGUCAGCCAACGGGGAGCCAAUUGAACAGCUGCAUCUGCGAGGCUGUGAAGUUGUUCCAGAUGUCAACGUAACAGAAAAAAAGUUUGGCAUCAAACUUUUGCUGCCUGUUGCGGAUGGAAUGAACGAGGUGUAUAUUCGCUGUGACAAUGAGACACAGUAUGCUAAGUGGAAAGCUGCCUGCAUUUUGGCAUCUAAAGGCAAGACAAUGGCAUACAGCUCAUACCGCACUGAGGUGAAGAACAUUCAGUCCUUCCUGCAGAUGAAAAGUUUAGCGCCUCCACCUGGCCAAGCUGUUCCUGAUGUGGACUCCAUGGACAUGAAUGCAGAAUGCUUUGUCUCUCCACGAUACUCCAAAAAAUACAAGGCCAAACAACUGACCACACGGAUUUUGGAGGCACAUCAGAACAUUUCCCAGCUUUCACUCAUGGAGGCUAAAAUGCGUUUCAUCCAAGCAUGGCAGUCUUUACCAGAGUUUGGCAUCAAGUACUACAUAGUCAGAUUCAAAGGAAGCAGGAAGGAUGAAAUUCUAGGCAUCUCGUACAACCGGAUGAUACGAAUCGAUAUGACCACACGCCAGCCAGUGACCACGUGGAGAUUCACUAAUAUGAGACAGUGGAAUGUGAACUGGGAGAUUAGACAGGUGACUAUUGAUUUUGACCAGGGUGUUGCAGUAGCUUUCAGCUGUCAGAGCUGUGACUGCAGAGUGGUUCAUGAAUUCAUUGGAGGCUACAUUUUCCUCUCAACACGAUCCAAAGAUCAAAAUGAAACACUAGAUGAAGAACUUUUCCUCAAACUUACAGGAGGGCAAGAGUGAGCUUGAAAACCACAAAUAUUUUCAGAUAAACCUGAAGAUUUCAGCUUAACAAGAGCUUAAAAGUAUUUAUCGUGGCAGUUUUGUUCAUUUUGUACAUUUUUUUUAAAUUGGCGGCAGAUUUAUCUAGCUUCAUACUGGGUUCCAACCUGAUCUCAUGUUAAUUACACUUAAUGUGUUUCUGAAAGCUUCUGUUUGGCAUGAUGAGAGGUGAUAUGUGCAUGCUUCACUGUCAUGAUAUUAUUCUUAGUUAUUUUAUUUUUUAUUUUAUUAUCCUUAUUUCCUUUGUUUUGUCGUUAUGCAGUUUGACAAGAAAUAAAGCAUGCUACCAAAAAGA